AUGUCUGACCGUUUAGAUGCCCACGAGAAGCCUCCAAAGGUCCUGCAAGAUGUCUACAAAUUCUACCAAAAGGUAGAUGUGAGAAGGAUCCCGUCAACAAUAAGCUCGUACAUUCAUUGUGAUGGAGGAGCUGCCAAGCACGAAGCAGCCCACAAUACCUCCACGCUGCUGAAGACGGGAGGUCUUUUCAUAUAUCCCUCAUUGCUGCCUCAACAGGCACAAAUCACAUUGCUCGAAAAGCUGCUCCACCGCGAUCUCUCCACGUUCGAGCAUCAGACCAACGUCCACCUGCAUCAUCACAUUCCCGAGUUGUCCAAGCAGAACGACGAAAGCUCAGCCUCAUACUUUGAUCGCUCAUCUUCAAAGUUGGAGUUCGUGCCGAAGGAUCCGUUGGUUCAUAAACCCUUCUCUACACAGCAAUUUCUGAACAAGAAACUCCGUUGGAUGACCCUUGGCGGACAAUAUGAUUGGACGGCGAAGGCGUACCCUUCAGGACCGCCGCCCCCUUUCCCUCCGGAUAUCAAGCAUUUCGUGGAAGGAAUAUUUCCCAUGAAAGCAGAGGCCGCGAUUGUGAAUCUGUACUCUCCUGGAAACACACUCAGUCUCCACCGUGAUGUCAGUGAAGAAUGCGACCGGCCACUGGUGAGUAUCUCUUUGGGAUGUGAUGCCAUCUUUGUGGUAGGGACUACAAAUGGUGAAAGCGACGAUCAAUCGGAAGUCGCUGCUCUCCGGCUGAAAUCUGGAGAUGCGGUCCUCAUGAGCCAGGGAAGUAGGUAUGCUUGGCAUGGUGUUCCUCGAGUGCUAAAAGACACCUGCCCUGAGUGGUUGCGGGCUUGGCCCUGCGAGAAAAACGCAGAUCACAGUAGCAUUUACGAACAUUGGAGAGACUGGAUGAGUGAGAAGAGAGUAAAUAUAAAUAUCAGACAGAUGUUUGAAUAG